AACUCCGCUACUAGUGUCAUCUAACGGACAAACUUGGUUUUCCUAUUGAGGCAGAUGGUCUGUUAAAUUGACACUAUUUUGAGAACAUCAAAGAUUAUAGAGAAUACUUGGAAUAUACAAAAAAUUAUCAAUCAUUGAAAUGUUAUGAAAAGUGAUUAAAAAGAGAUAUUAUAUUUGAUAUUCCGUUGGAUCGUUCACAUUGCUGAUUGGACGUUUUAUCUUUUUUGUUCAGAAUUCAUUUACCUUAAUGAUGAUGAAAAUGAAUGUUUUUAUUUUGUGUAUAGUUAUUUAUUUUAUAGGAAAUGAACUUAUUAGCGUAAAUGGUAUGGCUGGUCUUACUCCAGAAGAAGAUUGUAGCUUAAAUUGUUAUCUUCUAAAAAGACUGAAAAAGAGGGAUAAUCCAUGUGAAUGUGGAUCUUGUGUAAAAGGGACUAUUGCUCAUGAUGGAAUUUGUGAAUUAAAUCCCGCAGAGGGUAAGUGAACAAAGCAUCGAAAUUCAACAUACGUCUAUUACAGUCAUUCACUAGUGUUCAAAAAGAGAAACCUGUUCUACUAGGCUAUUCUUAGAGGCCUAUUGAACCUUUGCAAUGCGUCAUACACAUAUUUAUUCGUACAUAUUAACAUACAGUCUGUUAACGAUGUGUUGUUUUGGUAUUGUUUUCCGCGUUCUCAUUGAAAUUGAAACAAAUUUAAUUAUGUAUUGCAUACCGGUAACGUCUGUGGCCAAGUUUUGAAUCAUUACUUCCAGUUAUGACUAAUUGAAGCUAAAAACUGGCGCUUGCACUUGCAUAGAGUUAUAUAGUUAUAUGCGGUAUUAUAUUGAAAAUAUCAAAAUUAAUCCUUAGCCAAUCCUCUAGUAUUUUUUUAUUUACAUUUUUAUGCUAAUAAUGUAUAAAACCAAUACUACACCUAAUUUAUUAAUGAGCUAGGUUGAUAGUUUAUUUUACUGUCUUUUUGAAUCAAUGUGAUAACAGAUGGCAGUAUUAAAUAAUCAACCUAUACAUAAUAGGCCUAUGUGGCAGCACUUUAUCGAUUUGCUGUACACUAUAACGAGUGACGUCAUUCUGCACCAGCAGCUGUUGGAUGUAGGGAAUGUUCUGUCAUUUCGGAGCCCUUUUAACGGCCUAUUUAUGGCUGGGUGUGGGGCUCCAACUCCUCGUACAACCCUCGUAUGCUGUAAAAGAGGAAUCGUCUAUUAUAAAAAAUCUUAAAAUAUUGUCGAGAGCAAAAAAAUCAUUUAACGAGAGAAGAGAGUUGCAAGAUGCAGUUACUGUUCCAGAAGUAACUGAUACACCAAAGGAUUUGAACGACUAUUCUUCUCAGCAGCCUCCUCGUCCAUUCAAACAGGGGGAUAUUAACGGUGAAGGAAAACAAUAUAAUGAUUCCAUUACAGACGUUAACUUCAUGGCCUCAACGUCAUCUAACAAUAAUUCAUCUGUUGAAAAAUCGAAAGGCAAUGAUGAGACUGGAUUGAAACCCGAUUUUGGUGACGCAUCCUUUAUUGCAAUUGUAGCAGCUUGUUCUGCUGCGGGCCUAGUCGGUCUCGUGGUUGCAGGAGUUUGCUGGUAUAAAUUACAAAGGAAUGUUAAAGCAGCCUCUGAAACUGAUUAUCCUGCAUAUGGCGUUACGGGACCCGCUAAACGGAAGGACUCAAAUAGUGGAGAUCGAAAAUUAGCGCAAAGCGCACAAAUGUAUCACUAUCAACAUCAAAAGCAACAAAUGUUGGCAAUGGAAAAGUAAUAAAAAAAAUGUAUUUUUUGUCUCGAGGUCACUUAUUUUUACUUGAAAAAUUUCAGAGCAAACAGUGAAAAGAAGGAAGGGGAAAGCGACGUUGACAGCGAGGAUGAAAAAGCCGAUGGCGAUUUUACAGUUUAUGAGUGUCCUGGAUUGGCACCUGCUGGACAACUUGAAGUAAAUAAUCCCUUGUUUUCCGAAGAAAAGGCCGAAAAAUCAGAGGAGAAAAAAUAAUUUCUACUAUUUGAAAAGAGAAAAAAUCAAGUGUUAUAUAUGUUGUAAAACUUUUACUAUAUGCUUCUCCCAGUAUAUUCUCGUUAUGUAAUAGCCAAUAACAUUCCAGAAAAUUAUUCUAAACUAAAUGUGGUGAUUCCUGGAAGGACGAUUAUUCUAUUAAAGUUAUCAAUGUAAUAAAUAUUAAAAAUAUGUCCU